UCUAAACAAGACACUACAGUCCUCAUAUUAUAAUCGCUUAAAUUUUAAUUAGUCGUCACAGAAAUUUAAAAUGUUUUUCAGGAAGUUUGUCGUUGCUGUCUUCUUGUUGACUGUCGCCUACACAGUUUCAGGUGCCAGCGUCGCUACGGAUGGUAGCAAUUCCGAGGAGGCAACUGAAAACAACUCCAAAGAGGCGUUUGAAGAUGGUUCCGAGCUGGGCAAAGCGUCAAAGUCUUUGAAUGAAACCAGCAUCAUCAAGUUGCGCGAUGUCAGCAUCCAAUUAAAGAAAUUAAAAACCAAAGUCUCUGAAAACGAGCCAACUGUAAACAAAGCCCAUAAUUCAACCUCGGGAACUUCUGAUGUUAAACUGGGUGACGAAAAAGUAGGGCCUUGUGCUAGGACCACUUGCUUUACUAAGAAUGGCACAACUACGUGCACCCUAUCUCCUGCCUGUACUACCACCAAAGCUGCUACUUCUUUUAAACUGUCGAAACAAACAACGGCGAAAGCCACCACUGCCAAAACGCCAGUGUUGGACAUUUCAUCGGAUACCUUGCCUAAGAAAAUCUGAAAUUCUUGUUAGAUUUACGCACUUUAUGUCGUAUGACGAGAAUUCUUUUGUUGCAAUUUCAUACUAACGUAUUGUAACGCAAUUCCUUAUCGACAGCUGAAAUAAACAGAGACUUUCA